AUGGCGCUCGAUGUGAGAAUCUUCGAAAACAUCUCUCCCUCUCGUUUCAUCUCUUUCACCAUUCCUAAUCCUAUCUCUCCGUUGCAUCUCCUCCGACUCGCCGUCCUCGAUUCUCCUGUUCAUUCCACUGAUUCUUCGCCUCGAGUCGCCGCCAUUCUCGUCCCUAAGCACCGAGAAACCGAUUGGAUCUUCUCCACUGAGUCCGGCCAUCUCCAGCUCCUCCUCAACCUCCCCGGCAUCUCUCGGCUGAUACUGAUCGGCGACGAUCGCUCUGAUUCCCCCACGGUUUACCACCGGCCGAUCGACGAGGACAACGACUCGGAAAAACUCGAGCAGAGACUGAAACCUCUCGCGGUAGCUCUGUCACCUAAAACCCUAACCGGAGGAGAAAUCGACGAUGUUCCGUUUCUGAUUUUCGAUGAUGAUGUUGUCUCUAGCGUAGCGCUGGAGAAAUCCGUCGGACCUUUCGUCGGCGAAAUGCUAAUUGAGGAUGUUGAGAUUGAGAUCGAUAACGGAGUAAGAGAAUUCAGGAGGAGGUUGAGAUUCAAGAGAAUGCCUAAUCUAGUCCAAUCCGAUAUCAAAAUCGUCCCCAGAAGCUCCUCUUCAGCUUUGAAUCCUUCUCCUCCUUCGUUAACUACAACAGAGUUCAGGCCUGAUCUCACGGACCUUGUGCAUCCUUACUUAGCACCAAUGGUGGCAAGUCUCUCCCUGAUUGGCUCUCACAUCGAAUCUAAACCAAAGGCGUUGUGCAUUGGAGUCGGAGGUGGUGGAUUGCUUAGUUUCUUAACGCUACAAUUAGGGUUCGAGGUUACAGGGGUAGAGAUAGACCCUGAAGUCUUGAGGAUCGCAAGGCAAUACUUUGGAUUAGAAGAAAGCUUUGCUCGUGUUCACGUUGAAGAUGGUAUUGACUUCUUGAAGAGAUAUUCUUCUACCUGUUGUGAUGAUGAUGCCAAAUAUGACGUCUUGAUGGUUGAUCUCGACUCUACCGAUCCGAUUCACGGCGUGAGUGCUCCUCCUAUCGAGUUUGUGGGUAGAGAUGUUCUGCUAGCUGCAAGGAAUGUUCUUGUUCCUAGUGGGGUUUUCGUCAUCAAUGUCAUUCCUCCAAGCAAGACGUUUUACCAAGAACUGAAAGAAGAGUUUAGAGAGGUCUUUGCGGAAUUGUAUGAGAUCGAUGUAGGAAAUGGCGAAAACUUUGUUCUCAUCGCAACUGUUGCAGCUAGAGAUCGCAAGAACGGUUUUAACAGGGAGAAUCUAACAUCGGCUGUCUUGGUUAAGUACAUUGAUGCUAUAAGGAGAAUCUGA